UUUACACCAUCCAUACGUCUUUUUGAAGGGCCCCUAAGGGCCCCGCGUGCCUGCUGAACUUCUCCCUAACACGCUAACGGCAAAGUACGAAAUCAAGGUGUUGGAAACUUGUGCUAACGUGCCUAAUAAAGCAACCCGCUUGUGUCUCCUUUUCAUCUUUUACUGAAUUGAAGCAAAGUAUUUAUAGCUGACUUUUAAAGGAACCAGCAAUGCAAUGUCGAUACUGCCAGUAGGCAUUGUGAUUGUGAAAUCCUCGUUUGAUAAGCCUCAGGUUGAACCAAAUUUGACCUUCUUUCUUUACUGCUGGGUUCUCUUCGUCCUCCUUUUCCUGCUCUUUCUGUGAUCUGUAUCACAUGCAUGCACUCAUUCAUCCCUCUAUCCUUUUCUCUCUUUCUCCUUUCUGCCCACCCUCCAGUCUGCACACUCCACCUCACACCUCCCCACCGCCCCCCAAGAUUCAGCUCCCUAACACCGAGUGCACCCCUCCGGUGUACGCCCGCAUGGACCCCACCUCGGGGCCCAAGCUGGUCAAAUGUGUGCGGCGGCCCCUGCUGGGCCGUCAGGACCCUAGGGAGCCCCCGGACCUCGUAGACUAUGAGGCCCUAGCGCCAGACCUGUCCAACGACGACAUGUUUAGCAGGCGCACCCAGGCCUUCCAGUCCAACCCGGACAUGGCCAUGCUGAAGACCCAGCUGAGCCCCAGCCGCACCCGCCGCCACCUCUUCUCCUCCCAGCCGGAGCUCAACAUCGUGACCCAGGCCCACGUCCACCGGGGCUGCCGCCUGCCCGCCACCCAGGAGACGGAGCCCACAUACCCGGACAUCGAGCAGGACGACGUGGUGUUCCGCAGGGCCAGCCUGGAGCAGGCCCAGCGGCGGCGCCCGCUCUCCGGCGCGCCCGACAACUACGCCCCCAUGCCCGUCCCCGAACCCUGGGCCCUGCCCCCGGACCUCCAAGCCCGGCUGCUGUGCCCGCCGUGCCCCCUGGUCCACCAGAAGGCAUCCCAACGACAGAGCAGGCUGGCCAUCACGAAGAAGGCCGACCCCGUGAACGAUGACAUGCUGGUGCGGAAGCUGGGGGCGUGUUCGGACGGGGUCGCGCGAUCGCUGUCCGUGCCCUCCGUGCCGGCGGCGUGUAGCGAAGGCGACCUCCGCAAGUGGCGGGAGAUCAGAGAGUCCGGUCAGCUGAGGUUCAAAAAGAGGCUUAUGGUGGAGAGGCUGGCCGCUAUGAGGAUGUAGAUCCGGGUCCGAUUUCACAAUGCCCGUCGGCUGGUAUUCCUGCCGUGAUGUUGUGUACUAUUUCUCAUUCAUUUCCGAGUUCAUUUUUCCUGUUUCCGCGUGUUGAACGGUUCGGCCUGAAGGUUGUAGUGGUGUACAUUGAAUGUCGGCGUGGCGUUAUAUUGGUGCUAUUAUGGUUCCUAACGCCUCAUGAGGGAUGAACUUCCCCUUAUUCAGGGGAACUCCAGAUUGUCUGAACAUUUCGUACAGUGUACACAGAGGUGCUUGGACAUUCCCAGCGUCUACGUGUUUUCAUUCUCUGGUGCCAAAUGUUUGAUCUUGCAUGGAGGUGCUUUUUCCAGGUGUGGUCAGCGGUAUGGAAGGCCUUUUUGUGACACAAAGGUUGACAGGUUGAAUGUGAAGGCCAUGCAACAUGGACUAUCACAAAAAGACUGCGCUCUCAAUAACAACUUAGUUUGAAUGUGUUUAUCCACAAGACAUGCAUGGAUUGCUUUCUCAGCAUAAGCUUUUAUGCAGAGUUACCAAUCGGAAGAUAGGCGUGGAUAUCUGUUUGACCCUUUCUUUCGGUUUUGGUUUUGAUUUUGUUUUGAUUGGCGUUUCUUUCACCCUUUUUUUGUGUUUUUUCUGCAACUUUGAAAAUCUUUCUCUGACCUUAAUAAAGAAAAGCCAAGCUUCAAAGUGUAUUGUGAUGGAAUGCUCCCAAACACACCACCACAGCAGCCUGCAGAGUAGGGCAGGAUGAGCAGGAUGUUCCCAAGUUGCUCCGUAACCAAAGGAACUUCGCACAGACAUGGAAAGCUGACAGCUCAAUGGAUAGAAAAUGAAAAAUAGCCUAAACUCUAACCCAGGGUAUGUCUCAGGAACACUCCAACGCAGUAAAUAAAGUGCUCACUGUCGACACUUCAUAGCGACUUGGCAAAGCAUCUAUCCCUCCAAGAUCACAGUUAAUAAUGAAAAUAACAAUCACACUCAAGGCUAGGCCGAGGCUGUCUAGAUUGACUUGGCCCAUGGCAAUAUCAUGUGUUCAGUAUAACCUUUACGUUUUAUAAAAGCUGCAGCUGUUGCAACCCCAAAAAUGACGUCUGCACACCUCCCCAAACAAAAAGCAGAUGAAGGGAAGUCCAUACAGUUAGUUCGGGUCUACUGCUCACAGAACUGAAAAACUAUACUAUCUUCUGAAAACAACUCCACCCAGAGUUUCUGUGUGUAUCUUCGGUCUCCACUCUACGUUGGAUUCUGUGCCAACCUCCAAGGCAGUGGCGGGGACAGCUUUCCCUGCAUUCAUCCUUCCCUUGUUGGGGGUGCACGGCUGUACGUAGCCCCCCCCACCACAGGCCCUCCUAGUCGGGGUCAGUCCCCAGACAUCUGCCUGACUGCCUUUGUCUAUGUGGUUCUCUCC